AUGAGCGCGCUUACGCGUACGACACUCGCGCGCACCGACAAUCGACUGCGGCUCCGCCUGCCCUUCUUCGGAGGGGGCGUGGGUCAACUGCUGCACUAUCUGCGACCCCUGGAGGCUGCGGCCACUGAUCCGGCCCGGCCGGGCGGCCGUCGUUCGGAGCUGCGCAGCGAGCUGGAUGCCAAUCAUGUGACCUACCGCGGCUGGCAGCUCUGGAAGCUCAACUUCAAUGUCACCCGUGUCGAGGGCAGCGUGGAAGAGGAGGAGGAGCAGCAGCAAUCUGGUUCCCCGGAUGCGGAGUUCAACGAGGUGGUGGAGAAGUUUGUGCUGACUGCUUUGCUGAUGAUCCCCAACAGCCUUGGCCAGCUGCUGCUCUGGCGCAGUGUCGCCCUGCCGGAGCUCUCGGGCCUGUCCGAACUGCCGCUGGCCCUGUGGUCGCUCAAUGGCAGCGAUCUGUAUGCCACCACCUUCGAGAGUCUGCAGUGGCUGUCGCCGAUGGAUCUGCGACGAUUCGAUUUCGUGUCGCCGAGCUCCUCCUAUCAGAUAAAUCGACGCUACAGGAACAGCUCGACGGUGCAGCGCUACUACGGCCAUCAGCUGUGGAAGCUGCACGAGACGCGACUGAGCCAGCCGCAGCUCAGAGCCUUCUGGCGGCACUUUGGCAGCGAGGUGUGGAACAUCAACCAGGACGGCAUUGACAUUGUCAUCGAGCAGAAGAACGUGGCCGCUGCCCGCCAGUUCAUGCAGCAGGUGAGCUUCAGCUACAACGUGAUGAUCGACGACAUGGAGACGGCCAUUGACGAGACAUACGCAGAGGUGGCAUCGCUUGAGGGUCUCAACGACGAGGGCCAGCAGAAUCAGUCGCGGCCCUGGCUGGAGCGUGAGGGUAUGCUGUUGACCUGGCGGCGGUAUCACGACCACGGCGACAUCCAGCAGUUCCUUCAAACGCAGCUCGACGCCCACUCGGAGCUGGUGGAGAUCGUUCAGAUCGGUGUCACACGCAACAAGCGACCACUGGAGGUAAUCAGGGUAUCGAAUGGCAAGCCACAGAACUGGGCCAUCUUUGUGGAUGCGGGACUGCAGGCCCGCGACUGGCUCAGUCCCGCUGCCCUCACCUAUGCCAUAUCGAAGCUGACGCACCUAUGGACGGAGGGCAAGCUGGAGAAGAUGAUGCGCCGCAUCGACUGGUACUUCCUGCCGCUGGCCAAUCCCGAUGGCUACCAGUACUCCCGCCAGACGGAUCGCCUGUGGACAAAGAAUCGCGGCUAUGACAGCGACAGCGGCUGCUAUGGCGUCAAUUUGGAUCGCAACUUCGAGUACGGCUGGGGUGCGGCGGGAUCCACGGGUAAUCCCUGCAAGAAUCUGUACAAAGGCGCCGCGCGCUUCUCCGAGCCCGAGACGCGGGCUUUGCGCAAUUUUCUGCUGGGAAUGCGCGACUAUCUGGGCGGCUAUGUCUCCCUGGGUGGCUAUGGCCAGACCGUUACCUAUCCGUGGGGCGAUGCCGACUACGUGACGGAGAAUCAGCGACAGCUGAGGGAGACGGCCCGCCAGGCGGUGCUCAAUUUGCGGCGCCUCAACCAGGCCGAGUACUCUGCGGGCACCAGCUACCGCCAGAAGCUGGCACGUCCGGGCAACUCCGCCGACUGGGUGCAGGAUCGCAUCGAGCCGCAGUUCGUGUACAAUGUGUUCCUCAAGGAUCAGGGUCGCUACGGCUACCUUAUGCCGCCCCACUACAUUGUGGAGUCCGGCGAGGAGGUCUACGACUUUCUGCGCACCAUCGCCCAGCAGCUGCAGUGAGCAGCAAAGUCUCUGCGCCCCACAAAGUC